GGCGGCGGGAGGCGCUGAAGAGGGGGCGUAGAUCACGGACGGUCACGUCGGCUAGUGAGACCCAAAGUGCGCCUGUGAAGUGCGUGUGGGGCGUUGUUUCGUGAGAAGUGGGAGAAGGCCGUUUUCUGGCUCAUUCGUGCGGAAUAGAGAAGAGGCUCUACUUGGGAAUAAAAAGGUCGGGGUGUUUCAAGAUGACACAGUUCCUGCCCCCAAAUUUGUUGGCACUAUUUGCACCCCGUGAUCCUAUACCCUAUCUGCCUCCUUUGGAAAAAUUGCCCCAUGAGAAACAUCAUAAUCAGCCUUAUAGUGGUAUUGCUCCCUACAUCCGUGAGUUUGAGGACCCACGUGAUGCUCCCCCACCUACUCGUGCAGAGACACGGGAGGAACGGAUGGAACGGAAGAGGCGAGAGAAGAUUGAACGCCGACAGCAAGAGGUUGAAAGUGAAUUGAAGAUGUGGGAUCCACAUAAUGAUCCCAAUGCUCAAGGAGAUGCCUUCAAGACACUUUUUGUGGCCAGAGUUAAUUAUGAUACAACAGAGUCCAAGCUGAGGAGGGAGUUUGAAGUCUAUGGACCCAUCAAAAGAAUCUACAUGGUAUACAAUAAGCACUCCAGCAAGCCACGUGGCUACGCCUUCAUUGAAUAUGAACAUGAACGUGACAUGCACUCGGCAUACAAGCAUGCGGAUGGGAAAAAAAUUGAUGGCAGGCGAGUGCUAGUGGAUGUAGAGAGAGGACGGACGGUGAAGGGAUGGCGCCCACGUAGACUGGGUGGCGGUCUCGGUGGUACUCGACGGGGAGGUGCUGAUGUAAAUAUAAGACAUUCAGGUCGGGAUGACACUUCUCGGUAUGAUGAACGGGAUAGGGAACGUGAACGUGAUCGCCGAGACCGGGACAAGGAGCGGGAACGGCGUCGUAGCCGAUCCCGAGAGCGCAGGAGACGAACACGGAGCCGAGAGAAAGAGGAACGGAAACGCAGCAGGGAACGCAGCAAGGAUAAAGAUCGGGAACGCAAGCGUCGGAGUCGUUCUAGAGACCGCAAGCGGGAUCGGGACAGAGAAAAGAAGGAGUUGCCAGAAGUGGGAGAGGCCCACCCUGAUGAGGUUACUCUUGGCGAGAUAGGUGUAGAUGGGAUAGAGGUGAAGUCUGAAGGGGAUGAGAAAGGUAGAGAGAGGGACCGGGAUAGGGAGAAGGAGAGGGACCGUCGGCGUAGUCAUCGUGACAAAGACAGAGACAGGGAUCGUGACAGAGAGCAUCGCCGUGAUAGGGAUCGAGAUAGGGACCAUGACCGUGAGCACAAGCGUGACAGGGCUGAGCGGGGUGCAGAAAAACGGGAGGAGAGGGGGCAAGACAAUGGGAUGGGAGAAGCAUUGGAGGAAACUAGUCAGGAUAUGUUCCUGGACCAAGAAUCCAUACAAUCAGCUGAUGGCUACUUAUCUACUGAAAAUGGAUAUAUAAUGGCGCCCCCACUGCAGUGAUGAAUGGAGAUUCUUCCUUGUCCCUUGUCCAGCCAGGUGAGGCUUUACUUCCCAGGCUGCUAGCCAGUGAGGCUGUCAACCAGUUGAGGUAACUGAUUUUAACUGGUUUUGUUUAGAAGGGUGUUUGAGGUCUGUUUAUCCCGUCCCAUUCCUUCUUAAUAUGUAACUUUCCACCAAUCUCUUGUGUAUUUGGAUAUUUUUGUUUAAACAAGAAUAAAGUGUUAAAAAGGUUUUCU